AUGAUCCUAAAGCUGCAGAUGUUCACCAGUCAUCCACUUGCCGCAGAAGAUUAUCUCAAGCGAGUGUGCAAUUUCAACAGCACACUAGAUGCACAGCUAAAGACUUGGGUGAAAGAUAAAACGAGUCCAGGAAAUCCGUCUCCAUCAAGCAGGAUUGCGAAGUGUUGUAUUUUAGGGAAAUACCGAACCAAUAUGCCUACGGCUUCUCUACGAUCUCGGACAGAAAGCGAAAGUCUUCGACCACGGCCACCUGGAAAUUGCGCGAAGCUUGUUUCCAAGUUCAAGGAUAAAAUCGAAGCACUAUUAAAGGAAAAGAACUACUACGAGAGUGAUCAUCGCACCUGGUUCUGUCCUGGCUGUGAGGGGCUUCCGACGAGGGCAAUUAUCGCGGACUGUCAACAUCUUUAUUGCGAAGAAUGCUUCAACGCACUCGAUGACCAAGAAGGGAACACUGAUGAUGUCACUCAACAGUGCCGUGCUUGCAAAAUUCCCAUCAAAAAGGCUGCAUUCUACGGAAUUUACGAUGAUUUAGAUACACCUCCACUGGAGGAUGCUGAGUCUUCUGAACUGGAGGGCCAGCAAAAGCGAGCAGCCACACCAGAGACAAGAACGGCAAAUGUAGCUCGAGUCAAGAAACGACGAAAGGGUAAACAUCAUGGCCCUACUUUCUCGGAAUGGUUGUUGGCCGAUGAAAGCCCGAGUGCGUUCGACAAUGAAAGCGAAAGUGGGAGCCAAGACGAAGUGCAAGACGAAACCCCUGAUGAGGAUUAUGUCACCUGCGAGGAAGAAGAGACCGACCAAGGACAAGAUUGGAUAGCAACAUUUGGGAGGUCGAUGCCUGGCGCCAAAUUUGAUGCGAUUACGGCUCAAGUCAAAGAGUGGCUCGAAAAAGAGAGCACAGCCAAAAUCGUGAUUUUCACACAGUACAUCAACAGCACCAGACUUUUACAGUACCUAUGUGAAGAAAAUGGGUGGAAAUACUCUCUAAUGACAGGUCAGAUGGCCAAUAGGUCAAGAGAAAUCAAUCUGAGCAACUUCCAGGAUGACAAUGAGACCAAGAUCAUGAUUGCUUCCAUCAAAACGGGUGGUAUCGGUCUUGAUUUUUCCGUGGCCAACAAAUGUAUCUUGGUUGAUCUAUGGUGGAAUGAGGCUGUCCAAGACCAGGCAUUCUUUCGUCUCUGGCGUCUUGGGCAAAAGCGAGAUGUCGAAUGUAUCAUGCUCAUGGUCAAAGGUUCUAUUGAGCUUUGGAUAGAUCUGACCCAGAAGCGGAAAGCUAAGGAGAUCGGCGAGGUUAUGAGUCAGAAUGUUCUCAUGGACCGGAACACACUCAAGGAGCUGUUGGAGAUGUUUGGUGAAGUCACUGAUGACCCAAAGAAGGGAUACACGGUUCGUUUACCCUCCAAAAAUGCCUCGAAACCCGCGUCCAAAGCCACUGCCAAAGGAAAGUCCACUCGAUCUGCGCCUCCCAAAAAACGGAGCUAG